UCUCCACCAGGAAAAGUUAAAGAUGCUGUGAAGAAGGCGAUUGAUGUAGGCUACCGCCAUAUUGAUUGUGCCUAUGUAUACGAGAACGAAGAAGAAAUUGGCAGCGGUAUUCAGGAUGCAAUCCAGGCUGGGAUUGUAAAGCGUGAGGAUCUUUUUAUUGUCAGCAAGCUUUGGUGCACGUUCCAUGAGAAGUCUUUGGUCAAGGGUGCCUGUCAGGCAACUCUGAAGGCCUUGAAGUUGAACUAUCUUGACCUCUACCUUAUCCACUGGCCUAUAGGAUGCAAGGCUGGAGAUGAUCUGUUUCCUGUGGAUGAUAAAGGCAUGUUGAUAUCCAGUAACACAAGUAUUUUAGACACAUGGGAGGUAUGUUCAAUUUCAAUUAAAGAUGUUUCUUCCCUGUAGGCAGUGGG